AUGCCACCUGCCAAUGUUUCAAGGUCUUCUAAUCGGCCUAAUGUAGUAAUACAUGGUGGUAACCGGCUCAACUUUAUUUCGUCAUGGUUGUUUCUAUGGAUAUUCCAUGUUUUGAAUAUAUACCGAAAACAUAAUUUGUCAAGUGAAAAUUUGACCUUACAAAAUUCCGAAACGGCUAAGGUAGUUGGUGAUAGAUUGGAAAAGUUUUGGAAUUUAGAGUGUGAAAAAAAUAGUAAACCUUCAAUUCGUCGGGCACUUGUCAAAUCAUUUGGCACUUAUUAUGCAUUCCUUGAGCCAAAUUCAAAUAUUUCUCUUUUAAAAGCGUAUAUGUAUGCCUUAGGGUUAUUCCUGUGUGCAUUAUUUAGUUCCAUAUUUAUAAAUCAGCUGAUUGCCGAAUCUACUAGGAUUGGAGUUCAGGUUCGUGCUGCAUUAAUGGUAUUGAUCUAUCGAAAAUCAUUGCGCCUGAGCUCACUUCAUGGCGGAACUCGUGAUAUUGUCGAUUUGGUUGCAGGUGACUGUAACAGGGUGGCAGAAUCUUGUGUAAAUUUUCAUUUUCUAUGGAGUUCCGCUGUAGAAAUAAUAGCUGUUAUUACUUUGACUUUAGUACAGCUUGGUAUUGCUGGUUUACCAGCUCUAUUUAUCCUUCUUAUUCUUUUUCCUAUACAAUAUAAACUUGGUAGACUUACCUCCAGCAUAUCCUAUUCAACUACAAGUAUCACAUCUUCACGUAUCCAUCUCAUGUCUGAAAUUCUUACCGCCAUAAAAUUAAUUAAAUUUUAUGCAUGGGAAUCGUAUUUCCGUGAACGUGUUCGUAAAGUACGUCAGGUAGAAUGGACACAACUGUUGAUUGGAAUUGUUGUGAAGGUGUGGACUUUUUGUGUUGUAUUUGGCGCACCUGUUUUAGCUAUGUUGGGAUGUUUAUGUGUCAAGGUUUUGUCAUCCGAUACUGUUGAUGACAAUUAUGUUCUUAAAGCGAGCACAUUAUUUACAGUAUUGGCUCUAUUAUAUACUGUAAGAUAUCCUCUUAUAAUGCUUCCUAUUGCUGUUAGAACGACUUUGGGUGCAUUGGAUUCUUUUGAGAAGUUGGAUGAAUUCUUAAAGAAGCCGGAAUUAGCACCUUUGAAACAGGAGGAAGAUCCAAUAGAUGAUGAUCCAUCGAUUAGAGUGCUUAUUCAUGAUGCUGAUUUUAGUUAUGAAGGAGAUGCCCCUUUGAAAUUCUUAAAUAUGAAAGUGAAACAAGGGGAAGUACUUGCUAUCGUUGGUGAUGUUGGAGCUGGAAAAUCAUCAAUUUUGAGUGCAAUUUUAGGUCGACUUCGCAAGGAUAAUGGAAUUUGUAAAAUUCGUGGCUCAAUUUCUUAUGUUCCUCAUGACGCUUGGUUAUUAAAUGAUACACUGAAGGAAAACAUUCUUUUUGGUAACGUUUAUGAUUCCAAGAAAUACCAAGAUAUCAUUCAUAUUUGUGCGCUUAACAGAGAUCUGGGUUUAUUAAGUUAUGGUGAUAUGACUGAAAUUGGUGAUAGAGGUGUCAAUUUAAGUUUAGGUCAGAGACAAAGGGUCAGUUUGGCAAGAGCUGUAUAUAGUGAUGCUGACAUCGUAUUGUUGGAUGAUCCACUUAGUGUUAUGGAUCCUGUAGUCGGAAAACAUAUAUUCCACGAAUGUAUUCGUAAAUACCUCAAGAACAAAGCUGUCAUAUUUGUAACAAAUCAAUUGCAGUAUCUUUCUGAAUGUGAUCAUAUUAUGGUUAUGAAAGGUGGGCAAUGUCUCGAAGAAGGGACUUAUGAAGAAUUAACCACCAAAGAUGUGAAUCUUGCAUCUUUAAUUGGCGAAUACAUGGAAAUUGAAGAUCCGGAUCAGAUUGAUGAACUCAUUAAUGAAAUUCGCUUAGAACCAGUUAUAGACGAACUUGAUGAGCCUCAAUUGGAUUCUAUUUAUGUAACUGAAUCCAAAAAUGCUACAAAUCUCGAAUUUCCACUUCCAUUCACUCGUACACAUUCAAAAUCGGAGGCGAACGAAGCUACAAUCAAUCGUAUUGCAGAAAUCAAUUCUCAUACAAUACAAGCAAGUAUUAAUGAGCAAACAAUUUCAAAGAUGAUAGAAAGAAAUAAUAUAACAAUACUUGGAGGAGCUGGUAAAACGAGAAUGAUGGGUACACAAGUCAAUCGUGAAUUAAAUGUUACAGCAAAAGCUGUUGAAAGAAAUCAAUUGACAAUUCAUAGUUUAAAUGACCGCGAGAUAAUAACGCCUAUGAUUGAUUCUGAACCAAGAUCUAGAAGAAAAGAAUCCAAAGUUGGUUUUCGUGUAUAUUUAGACUAUUUUCGAAAGUCAACUGGCUUUGGUUUGACAUUUUUUAUGAUUAUACUCUUCUUUUUCAUGGCUACUGUCAGAUUUAUAAGUGAUUGGUGGCUCACAAAUUUUGUUUCGAAUCCCAAAAAUAAUGGUGAUUACGAGACUCAAUUAGGAAUAUACGGCGGCUUUGUUGGUGCAGUUCUCAUAGGGGUAUUUGCACGUGGUGUGUUUUACGCAUGGAUCAUGAUGCGUAAGAGUCAAUAUUUGCAUGAUCAAACGUUUAUAAAAAUAAUGCGCGCUCCAAUGUCAUAUUUCGAUAUCACACCUCUUGGAAGAAUAUUAAAUGUGUUCGCCAAACAUCAAUAUCUAGUUGAUGAUGCGUUAAGUGACAAUGCAUUACAGUUUUUGUCAAUUCUUCCUUUAAUUCUUGGGACUACCAUUUUUGUAAUAAUUCUAAUUCCAUGGACAGGAAUUAUAGCGGUUAUAUUGACAUUUUUUAUAUGGCUUAUCAUUCGUGUUUCAAAAGAUGUUGAAGAAAGAUUUCAACAUUUGGAUGCGGAUACCAAAGCUCCAAUCUUCACUCAUUUGUCAGCAACACUCGAAGGACUUGCCAGCAUACGAGUAUAUAAUGCACAACAUAGAUUCGAUAUUAAUAAUAUCGAAAAAAUUGAUACGAAUAACAAAGCUUUAUUUGCCAUGAUGCAAGUAAAAGCCUGGCAAGCAUUAUACAUUGACAUAUUGGCAUCAAUCUUCAUCUUUGCAACUGCUCUCUUUAUUGUUACUUUCCCAGAUAAUCCAAGUAAAAUGGGUUUAGCUAUUGCGAAUGCAUUGCAAUUACCUAUCUUCGUCCAAUGGAUGAUACGAUCUGGUCGAGAUGUAGCUUCAAUUAUGGAAAGCGUUCAACAAUUACUUUAUUAUCGACAAAAUAUACCUUCCGAGGCUCCAAAUAUUAUUGAAAGAAAUCGACCGCCAACAAAUUGGGGCGAACGCGGUGAAGAUAUUUCAUUCCAUAUUAAAUCUCGUGAAAAGAUUGGUAUCGUUGGCAAGACCGGUUCUGGCAAAUCAACAUUACUUGUAAGUUUAUUAAGAAUUGUUGAAUUAGCUGAGGGGCAAAUAUUUAUUGAUAAUUUGGACAUAAGUACAAUUGGAUUACGCGAUCUCCGUAAUAAGAUUGCCAUUAUUCCACAAGAACCGGUAAUAUUUGUUGGAACAAUUCGAUCAAAUUUAGAUCCAUUUGAACAAUGUACAGAUGAAGAAAUAUGGGAUGCUCUUAAAGCGGUUCAUUUAUUUGAUAAAGUUAAAUCAAUGACGUCAAAAUUAAAAACACAAGUGUUAGAAAAUGGGAAAAACUUUUCACUUGGACAGAGACAACUAUUUUGUAUUGCGAGAGCCUUAUUAAAAAAAGCUAAUAUAUUAGUGUUGGAUGAAGCAACUAGUGCUGUCGAUUUACAAACUGACGUACUUAUUCAAGAGACCAUAAAAAAAAAUUUUGCAGGACAUACAGUAUUAACAAUAGCUCAUAGAUUGAAUACAAUUAUGGAAGCUGAUAGAAUUUUAUGUUUAAGCGAAGGAAGGGUAGUAGAAUUUGAUAAACCAAUAAAUUUAUUAAAUAAUCCAGAAGGAUUUUUCUAUCAAUUGGUAAAUAAUAGUGGACCUGAAGCGGCGAAAAGACUUAAGCAAAUAGCAUUACAACAUGCUCCAUCAAAUACAGCAGAAUCAAUAUCAGAACAAUCUGACGAUAUAAAAUUGACAACUGCAGAACAAAAGAAACCUGCGUCAACAAUAACGUCAUCAACUCAACGUUCACAUAUGCCACCAUCAUUAGGAGAAGUAUUUGCACAACCUACAUCAAAACAAAAAUAA